AUGGAACCUUGUUCCUGCGACACCUUUGUAGCACUACCUCCAGCAACAGUUGAUAACAGGAUAAUUUUUGGAAAAAAUUCAGAUAGACUCUGUGAUGAAGUACAAGAGGUGGUUUAUUUUCCUGCUGCAGUUCAUGAUAACCUGAGCGAACAUCUUAAGUGCACUUAUAUAGAAAUUGAUCAAGUUCCUGAGACAUACGCUGUUGUCCUUAGUCGCCCAGCUUGGCUGUGGGGGGCAGAGAUGGGGGCCAAUGAGCAUGGAGUCUGCAUUGGGAAUGAAGCUGUGUGGGGCAGAGAAGCAGUCUGUGAUGAAGAGGCACUUCUGGGCAUGGACCUUGUCAGGCUUGGCCUUGAAAGAGCUGAUACAGCUGAGAAAGCUGUCCAUGUCAUUGUUGAUUUGUUAGAAAAAUAUGGCCAAGGUGGGAAUUGUACAGAGGGCAGUAUGGAAUUUAGUUAUCACAACAGCUUCCUGAUAGCUGACAGGAAGGAAGCCUGGAUUUUGGAGACUGCAGGGAAGUACUGGGCAGCAGAGAAGGUACAAGAAGGAUUUCGUAAUAUUUCUAAUCAGCUUUCUGUAACAACCAAGAUUGAUCAGGAGCACCCGAACAUGAAAAACUACGCUAAGCAGAAAGGUUGGUGGGAUGGCAAAAAGGAAUUUGAUUUUGCUGCAACAUACUCAUAUCUUGACACAGCCAAGAUGCUGACUUCAUCAGGAAGAUUCUGUGAAGGUUACAAGCUUCUGAAUAAGCAUAAAGGAAACAUAACUUGUGAAACAAUGAUGGAAAUUCUCCGAGAUAAACCAAGUGGUAUUAAUAUGGAAGGACAAUUCCUCACCACUGCAAGCAUGGUUUCUAUUUUACCUCAAGACACCAGUCUUCCUUGUAUUCACUUCUUUACAGGGACCCCUCAUCCUGAGAGAUCUGUUUUUAAGCCUUUCAUAUUUGUGCCAAAUAUUUCACAACUAUUGGACACCAGUUCACCAAGAUUUGAACUUGAAGAUCCAGUUAAAAAGAAGUCACAUUUUAAGAUCAGACCUGACAGAAGACACCUACUCUACCAGAAACACCAGCAGGCAUUGGCCAUGACAGAUAAUGAUAAGGAAAAAGCCAAAACAAUAAUGGAUGACAUGAGGAAACUGGAGAAAGGACUAAUCAGAGAGAUGGAAUCAAUCCUUCAAAACAAACAUAUUGAUGUGGAUAAAGUUGCUAAUCUCUUUUCUCAGUGUACAAAAGAUGAAAUGAGAAUUUACAACUCAAACAUUAAUUCUUAGAGAUCAUAU